AUUGCUCACAAUCUCAAAUCACUUAUUCCUCUUCCAUCUUCAACAAAACUUAAACAAAACUAAGGAUGUCUUGCAGCUGUGGAUCAAGUUGCGGCUGUGGCCCAAACUGCAACUGCGGCAAGAUGUACCCUGAUUUGGAGGGGAAGAGCACCACCUCUAUGCAGGCCACCGUCGUCGCCCUCGUCGUCGGGCCCGCGAAGGUGCAGUUCGAGGAGGCCGCCGAGUCCGGUGAGGCCGGCCACAGCUGCAGCUGCGGUGCCAGCUGCAAGUGCAACCCUUGCAACUGCUAAGAUGCAAGCAAUCGAUGUGUAUGUGAUUGUGUCGUGUCUCAUCGGGUGUGUGAAUAAUGAAACCGGCACCGUCCGCCUGGUUAAUGUUGUGGUGUGGUUUGCUCUUGGCGCCCCUGUGCUCAUGUAACUUGUGAAACUAUUGCUACUGUUUUGUGUUUGUGUGUGCGAGCCUAUAUGUGUGUGUCUUUGUAGUUUGUAAUGGUCCAUCUGAACUAAAGUGAAUAUGCAAAACAGGUUCGCGCAAA